AUGGCCCUCGUCGAGAAGCCGCGCGAGCGUGCCACGCUGCCGGCGCAUGUGGCGUUCGCCACGCGCCGCCCGAGGACGGAGGGAAGUCCCAGGGUGCCGCGAGUGCUUCUGGAGCAGCGCUUGGCUCCGUUGACUCCUGAGCCGGUGAAGCCGGUGAAAGGGCAGGGGCGGCAGCACGCCUGGUCCUUGGACGCUGCUGCGCUGCCCCUGCCUUCGCCGCGGCCGGCCGUGGCGUCCUCGGCGCCGCCAGCGCCGGAGCGGCGGAAGUUGGAGCCGCUGCGGACCCGGCGCUGGAGAUGUCGGUCGCAGGACAUGACGGACCCACAGGAUAGUCCACUAAAGGGUCGCUUGCAACGGGCGUUGGCACAGCGCCGUGCCUCUGAGGAGGUCCAAAGCGCCCGAAAAGGCACGGUGCGAGAGCAUAAGCGAAAGGCCACGACCCAGAUUGACCUCAUUGAGGGGCGGCCCGUCACCAAAUCUGAGCGUGAGAAGUGGGAUUCUGCCUUUGCUCGAUAUCAGUUAGAUGGUGAAAUUCAUGUGGACGAGCUGAAAGGUGCUUUGGUGAUGUGUCCCUCGGACCUUCGGCACUGGGAGCAACUGGGUGCCGGUGUAGCCGAACACCCUGCCGGCGAAGCAGAACACACUUCGAAACGGAUGCAGCUGCAAAUGCCAGGUCGGGCGGCCUCGCCCCUCAAGCAAAUGGAGGUGAACCCGGUCACCUAUGGCUCAAGAUGGAACCCUUUCCCUCCCGCCAACAGUGGCUCGCCUAAGCCGAAAUCUAAAGGACAUUGA